AUGGAUAGUCGUGGUCUAUGGAGAAUUAACACGGUAAACUUCGAGCAUAAUCAUAAGACAAGUCCAUCAAAAUCCAGGCUAUAUCGAUGUAAUCGAGAGUUGAGCGAACAUGUUAAACGGCGGCUAGAAGUGAAUGAUAUGGCAGGAAUUCCAUUACACAAAAGUUUCAACUCGGCAGUAGUCGAAGCAGACUUUGAAGAGGGGUGGAGGGUAAUGAUCGAUACAUAUGAUUUGCAUGAAAACACCUGGUUGUUGGGAUUGUAUGAAAAUAGAUGUCGGUGGGUUCCGUGCUUUUUCAAAACCAGUUUCUGGGCAAGUAUGUCGACAACGCAACGCAGUGAGAGUAUGAAUGCGUUCUUUGAUGGGUAUGUGCAUUCGAAGACCUCAUUAAAGCAAUUCAUCAACCAAUAUGAACGGGCUUUGCGAAGUAAAGUCGAGAAGGAAAUUCAAGCAGAUUUCAGGUCUUUCUCACAGAUGGUACCAUGUGCAACAAGGCAUAUGAUUGCAGUAUUGAUCCGUAAUGGCGCUAAACAAAUACCGGACAAGUAUAUAUUACGAAGGUGGCGGAGAGAUGUGAGUAGAGUCCAUAUGAGGGUCGUAGUUAACUACGAUGGGUUGAUUACUACACCGGGGCAGUUGAGGUACGACAAAUUGUGUCAAUCUUUUGCUACAUUAGCCGACCUAGUUGCAGAUGAUGAAAGCAAACCAGAAAACUUACAAAAAUGGAUCGACCAUGAAUGUGAACUGGUAACGACAUCGAAAUCCAAUGUUGUGAGUAAUAUCCUAUCUCCGCAUGGUGCACCAAUAGCAUCGCAAUGUGGACCAUCAUUAGAAACUAUCACCAGUGGAUGA